AUGGCCCCCGCCGUCGGUAUCGAUUUGGGAACCACCUACUCCUGUGUGGGUGUCUUCCGUGAUGACCGCAUUGAGAUCAUCGCCAACGACCAGGGUAACCGCACCACUCCCUCCUUCGUCGGUUUCACCGACACCGAGCGUCUCAUUGGUGAUGCCGCCAAGAACCAAGUCGCCAUGAACCCCCACCACACUGUCUUCGAUGCCAAGCGUCUCAUUGGUCGUCGUUUUAACGACGCCGAGGUCCAGGCUGAUAUGAAGCACUUCCCCUUCAAGAUCGUCGAGAAGGCUACCAAGCCCGUCAUCGAGGUCGAGUUCAAGGGUGAGACCAAGCAGUUCACCCCCGAGGAGAUCUCUGCCAUGAUCCUCGUCAAGAUGCGUGAGACCGCUGAGGCUUACCUCGGUGGCACCGUCAACAACGCUGUCAUCACUGUCCCCGCCUACUUCAACGACUCCCAGCGCCAGGCUACCAAGGAUGCCGGUCUCAUCGCUGGUCUUAACGUCCUCCGUAUCAUCAACGAGCCCACUGCUGCUGCCAUUGCCUACGGUCUCGACAAGAAGGUCGAGGGUGAGCGCAACGUCCUCAUCUUCGAUCUCGGUGGUGGUACCUUCGAUGUGUCUCUCCUGACCAUCGAGGAGGGUAUCUUCGAGGUUAAGUCCACUGCUGGUGACACUCACUUGGGUGGUGAGGACUUCGACAACCGUCUGGUCAACCACUUCGUCAACGAGUUCAAGCGCAAGCACAAGAAGGACCUCACCACCAACGCUCGUGCCCUCCGCCGUCUCCGCACUGCUUGCGAGCGUGCUAAGCGUACCCUCUCUUCCGCUGCUCAGACCUCCAUCGAGAUUGACUCUCUCUUCGAGGGUGUUGACUUCUACACCUCCAUCACCCGUGCCCGUUUCGAGGAACUCUGCCAGGACCUCUUCCGCGGCACCAUGGAACCCGUCGAGCGUGUCCUCCGUGACGCCAAGAUUGACAAGUCCUCCGUCCACGAGAUCGUCCUCGUCGGUGGAUCUACCCGUAUCCCCAAGAUCCAGAAGCUCGUCUCCGACUUCUUCAACAAGGAUGCCAACAAGUCCAUCAACCCCGAUGAGGCCGUCGCCUACGGUGCUGCCGUCCAGGCCGCCAUUCUCUCCGGUGACCAGUCUUCCAAGUCCACCAACGAGAUCCUGCUUCUCGAUGUCGCCCCCUGUCUCUCGCGCAACACCACCAUCCCCACCAAGAAGUCCGAGACCUUCUCCACCUACUCUGACAACCAGCCCGGUGUCCUGAUCCAGGUCUUCGAGGUUCGAGCUCACUGGCAUCCCCCUGCCCCCCGUGGUGUCCCCCAGAUUGAGGUCACCUUCGAUGUCGAUGCCAACGGUAUCAUGAACGUCUCCGCUGUCGAGAAGGGUACCGGAAAGUCCAACAAGAUCACCAUCACCAACGACAAGGGCCGUCUGUCCAAGGAGGAGAUCGAGCGCAUGCUGGCUGAGGCCGAGAAGUACAAGGAGGAGGAUGAGGCCGAGGCUGGUCGCAUCCAGGCCAAGAACGGUCUCGAGUCCUACGCUUACUCUCUCAAGAACACUCUCGGUGAGGGCAAGCUCCAGAUCUCCGAGGAGGACAAGAAGAAGGUCGAGGACAAGAUCUCCGAGACCAUCACUUGGUUGGACAGCAACCAGACCGCCGAGAAGGACGAGUACGAGUCCCAGCAGAAGGAGCUUGAGGCUAUUGCCAACCCCAUCAUCUCCGCUGCCUACGGUGGCCAGGCUCCCCCCGGUGCCGCCCCUGAGGGUGGUGCCCGCUCCGCCGACGAGGUCGAGGAGAAGCCCGAGGAGCUCGACUAA